GGGCGGUGGCAGCGGCGGCGGCGGUGGCCAGCGGUGGAAGAUGGCGGCAUCGGCGGCGGCGGCGGCGGCGGCGACUGCUGCGGCGGUGGCGGCAGCCGAGCAGCAAAGUUCCAAUGGUCCUGUAAAGAAGUCCAUGCGUGAGAAGGCUGUUGAAAGAAGGAAUGUCAAUAAAGAGCACAACAGUAACUUUAAAGCCGGGUAUAUUCCAAUUGAUGAAGAUCGCCUGCAUAAAACGGGACUGAGAGGGAGAAAGGGCAAUUUAGCCAUCUGUGUGAUUAUCCUCCUGUUUAUUAUGGCUGUCAUCAAUUUAAUUGUAACACUUGUUAUCUGGGCUGUGAUUCGCAUUGGGCCAAAUGGCUGUGACAGCAUGGAGUUUCAUGAAAGUGGUCUGCUUCGAUUUAAGCAAGUGUCUGACAUGGGAGUUAUACAUCCUCUUUAUAAGAGCACAGUAGGAGGAAGGCGAAAUGAAAAUUUAGUCAUCACUGGCAACAACCAACCUAUUGUUUUUCAGCAAGGGACAACAAAGCUCAGUGUAGAAAAGAACAAAACUUCUAUUAUAAGUGACAUUGGUGUGCAGUUUUUCGACCCAAGGACUCAAAAUAUCUUAUUCAGCACAGACUAUGAAACUCAUGAGUUUCGUUUGCCAAGUGGAGUGAAAAGUUUGAAUGUUCAAAAAGCAUCUACUGAAAGGAUUACCAGCAAUGCUACUAGUGAUUUAAAUAUAAAAGUUGAUGGGCGUGCUAUUGUGCGUGGAAAUGAAGGAGUAUUCAUUAUGGGCAAAACCAUUGAAUUUCACAUGGGUGGUAAUAUGGAGUUAAAGGCUGAAAACAGCAUCAUCCUGAAUGGAACUGUGGUGGUCAGCACAACUCGCCUCCCUAGUUCCUCCAGCGGAGACCAGUUUGGUGGUGGUGACUGGGUGCGCUACAAGCUCUGUAUGUGCGCUGACGGAACCCUCUUCAAAGUACAGGUGACAGGCCAGAACAUGGGCUGCCAGACCUCAGAUAACCCCUGUGGAGACACUCAUUAGAAGAACCCGAGAGGGCGUCAGUAGGUUCAUAUUGUGACUUGACUUUUUUUUUUUCAGAGUAGGCAUGCAAAUCAUGUUUUUACAGAGUUUGUGAUAACUCGUUAUUAUUUUAUCUGCAGAGCACUACUGUAUCUAUUAUAUAGUCUCCAUGUUUAAAAUAGUCUCAGAGAGCCUAAGUUCUAACACAUUUCAUUAAGUUGCACUGAUCUUCAAUUUACAGUUCUCUAAAACAAUUAAGAGAAGUGAAUGCAAUCAAUAUGAAUCUUUAAAGAAGUGUUUUUAAAAUGCCACUGUUCCUUGUCUAAAGGCUAAAGGUCUGAAGCAACUGUUUAGACUCACUAUAAGUAAGCUUUUGGUAACUAACGGGGAUAGACCCACUUAAGAUGUUUAAAGGUACACCAUCAGUAAAUGUUACAUGCUCUGCCUUUUGGCUUCUAAGAGGAAAGACAGAUUGUUAGUGCAUUGACUUUCAGCCAUAUUCUCACAUGCAAGUGAGGUCAUUAAAGAACUUCACAUAUGGGAGUUAGUAAGAAACUAUGGUUCCUUAGUUUUGCACUAGGAAGAAAAUACUCUAAUAGAAUGUAUACUCAUUAAAUAUUGGUAAAUAUUAUGCUCACAGUGUGGUAGAAAUUAAAGCACCAUCUCAGCUUUAACUGUUAAAUGAUGAUAGCUGUCAUGUAUUGAGCAUCUUACAGUUCUAGGCAUUGUCCUAGGCAUUGCACAUGGAAUGUCUCGAAUUCACACCACAACUCUAUAAGCAGGUGUUGUUAUCCCAGUUUACCCAUUAGGAAACUGAGGUUCAAAGAAAUUAAGAAACUUGCCUAAUGUUACAGAGGAAAUAGCAGAGUUGGGAUUAGAAUUGGGGUGUGAUUCAAACCUAGAUGGACCUGUUUCUAAAUACCGCAUUCUUUUCACUAUCUGCGCUGGAGUUUUAAUUAUUUAAAACUCUGCAAAGAUGAACAAAGACUAAUUCAGACUUACCUAGGCAGAUAAGAAUCAAACAAAACAGGUAUGCUUACUCUAAUUAAAAGAAAAUAAAUCAAUCUCAGUCCAAAAACUGACCAAUCACUGUCAGAUUUUAAAUUUUCUUAAGCCAAUUCCAAAAUAUACUAUAGAGAGAUCAAAUUGGCCUAGUUGUGGGUUACCCCCAUUUCCCAACUGGGGUACCUGAAUGGGUAAAAGGGUUGCCAAGAUAUGUAUACCCUCAGCCCUCGGGGCAACACAUUGGGAAAUGGGGAUGCCAUGCCCCAGACGAGUCCUGCUGGCCCAGAAUGGCUGGUGGAUUUACCUCAGCAAGCCAGACAAAUAUUACCCUUUUUAAUAUGUGCCAUACCUUGAAAAAAGUCAGGAAGCACUGGACUAAAGGGUACUAAUGCAGGAAAUAAUAUAAGUAAUUUUUACGUAAGUAUGAGAUUGAUCUCUGCUUCUAACAUCACCACCCGUUAUAAAGUUUUACAACCCUCAAGCCAGUUGAUUUUUAAGGUGUUUUAUAUUUGACUUGAAAGGAACUCUCUGGUAUUAUUAAGAUACACACAACAUCAGGAAGAGAGACCUCAAAGUAGUGUGCUGCCCCAGAAGCCCCAUUGUGCUCCCUCCCUGUCACUAUGCCCUCACAACCACCCACUACCUGCCAAGACUAGUUUUACCAGUGUAUGGUCUCUUGUGUCUGGGUUCUCUCACUCAGCAUUUCAUUUGUAAGAUUCAAUAUAUCAGUCAUUUCAAUAUAGUGUCCUACUGUGUGACUCUCACACCAUUUAUUUAUCCUACUGUUGAUGGGCAUUUGGGUAGUUUCCAUUUGGAAGCUAUUAAAAUUAUGUCUUUUGGUAGAAUCCUAUAUUCUUUAACAAGACUUGGGCAAGGAAGUGGAAGCCAUCUGGUCUUAUAAGAUUUAGGUUAAAUUCUAGGUAUUUUCAUUCUUGUUACUUUGGAACAGUAUUACAAAUUUCAUUUCUAAAACAGUAUGUAUGAGUAAAUAAUGCUUUCUAUGAAUAUAAGCUCCAUACUUCUAACGUGCCCCAUGUUUUCCUGCCUGAUGCUUAGAAUAUGCUUCCAUAUCACCCUUCCUAUCCUUCAAGGCCCGGCUUAAAGAACAUCUCCUCCAUGAAGCCUUGCCUGAUCCUACAAGAAGUGACCUCUCUUAAAAAAAAAAAAAAAAAGUAGCGUGCUGUAAAAUAGGCAGAAGAGAUAAAUCACAGGCCCCGUUCUGCAUUCAAGUAUAAUAUUCUGUCCUUGCCAGUUUGAACUAUAUAGAUAGGAAAAUCAAUACAAAAAAAAAUUUGCAUUCAGUAUUGUCACAGUUCUCUCUGAUAGAAAAACCAAAUACGUUAGAGAUUAUGAGUAGUCAUUAAAGUAUACUAAAGUAGAGAUUGACUUACUACCUACUACUGAGUGAAGUUUUUUUUUAAGUGAAGAAAAAAAGAGAGAGAGUGAAAUUUAUGACCUCUGGGUGUUAUUUGUUGUAGUGAUAUUCAGAACCCAUAUGAAUAUAUUCAGUAUCAUUUAAUAUCUGAAUAAUGUUCAGAAAAACUCCAUCGGAAUAUUCGUUCAGAUGCUCAGUGUAUUUGUAAAUUUUACAUUCAUUACUUGUCUGCUCUAUUUAGAUUUGUUUUGAAAGUUUAGAUAAAUAUUUUUACAAAAACCACAGAACACUAUGUUACAAAGUAUUAUUUAUUGAAUGUAAUUCAUGAAAUAAUCUAUUUUUACUCCUCUUUGAGAAAUACUUGUUUUUGAUACAUCUCCAUUAAGUGCUUUGGACAUGAGAGAAUAUUUUGACGUUUUUACAGAACUGAUUGUUAAGGUAACAGGUAUAGUAAUUUAGGACACUUCACAGGUAGCUUUUGCUUUUUCAUUGAAAUGUAGACCUGGGAAAUUCCCUGGGAAGCAGAACAAGAACAAACUGUCCAUUUUACCUGUGACCUGUUUAGCAUAACAGUAAAGCCUCAGCUACUCAUUCUCACCAUCAGAUGCUAUUUUUCUAUAAACUAAACUGAAUUGUUAACUUUGCCUAUUCCGCUGUCAUUCCUCCCCUCCAUCAAGCGCUGAUAUGACAAGCAACAGACCUGGGGGAGGUAGAGGACAAAGACAGGAUCCCCGGGGAUGGGGCAGACACAUGCUUGUUUAAAUAACUACAGUCCUUCAGAGGUGGAUUAUAAUGACAUGGGGGACAAAUGAAAUGAAAGCAAGGUAUUUUAGGGGCUCUCUAAUGGGCAGGUAGGAAGAAUGCAAAACUAUACACAGUAGGGACUGUAUGUGUGCUCUGUAAUAUUUAAAAAUAUACUUAUAUGUAUUCUUUUUGCAUUGAAAAAACAAAUUGUGUGUGAUAGUUUUGAAUGAAAAGUGGAAGUUCUGCCCAGUUUUUGAGUGAGUUUUUUUAAAGAUCAUGAGAAUGUUACGGUGCUAAACUUGACAAAAAAAAAAAAGAGAACAUUGAAAUGCUGAUAAUUUUAGUAAUCUUUUUUAAAGCACUGAGGGGGCAAAGAUUACAAAUUAUGCCAUACAAAAGUAAACCUAUAAAUGUGUCGAGUUACCAAUUUGACUUUCAGUUGAUUCAGUUUGUAAUAACUAUUAAUGACCUCUGUUUACAAUAAAGAUUCUGUAAAAUUG